AUGUAUGUUAUAGUUUCAGCUGUGUGUCCCGGCAGUACAUACGGCCCAGACUGUAAAUACGACUGUCACUGUGAUACCAGUGUGACCUGUGACCCUCAGAAUGGUUGUGGAGGGAACUGCGCUGCAGGAAAUGUCGCUCUGGGAAAACCAACAUUUCAUUCGUCAGACUUCAACGGACACACAUCUGAGCUGGCUGUUGACGGUAUACUGGGACAUUCUUACGAUGGUACACCUUGUACGCACACAUGGCAGACACCAAGUCCAGCUUCCUGGAGAGUAACACUGGGCGCCGUGUACUGGAUUAACAACUUCACCAUAUACAACAGAAAAGAAAACUUGGGACGUCGACUUAGCGGCUUCACUUUGCAUGUGGGAAACUCCUCCCAGGCUUACAAAACCUGUUAUAAAGACACCACACCCAUUACCACGACUCCUGGGCCCAUCGUAACCGAACACUGUACGGGAGGUCCGGUGUCAGGAGACACCGUCAUGAUAACAUCACGUCGAGACGAAUAUCUAACACUUUGUGAAGUUCUCAUCUACGUGUGUUCCGCUGGAUGGUAUGGUGAAAUGUGUGGACGACAAUGUAAUACAACGACAGCAUGUUCCAAAUGUGAUGUCACAAGGACACGGUGUACAGAAUGUGUUGACGGUCGAUGGGAAGAACAUUGUCAAAAGGACUGUGGCCAUUGUUGGGCCGACAAAUGUGAUAAAGUUACUGGGGAAUGUCCUCUAACUGAAGGAAGGCCAAGAUGCGAUGCUGGCUUCAUGCGUGAGAAUUGUUCGACAGCCUGUGAGGCGGGUAAAUAUGGCCACGACUGUAACGAGACCUGUGGAUCGUGUGCAUCUGGACCGGACAGCUGUAACACUACUUCCGGGCACUGUCAGGGUGAACCCAGAUGCAUGCCGGGAUAUUCUGGUCUGAAAUGUAAAACUGGAAUUUUCUCAAGUCACCCAGACCUUUGA